UUUCUAUUUCCCCCAAAACCCACAAAAAUAAAAUAAAAUCUGGGUUUCUCUUCUUUGUAUUUCACAACCAUUUCUUAUUUUUAUUUUAUAUCUAUGGUAAUUAAUUAAAGCCUCAAACUUUAAACUACAUACUAGCUGAACCCAGCAACAAAAAGCAAAAAUGGGUGAAGAAAAACCUGAAGUUCUUGAAGCUGUGCUAAAAGAGACUGUAGAUUUGGAAAGUAUACCCAUUGAGGAAGUUUUUGAGAAUCUGAGAUGUAGCAAAGAGGGUCUCACUAGUACUGCUGCUGAAGAAAGAUUAGAAAUUUUUGGCCAUAAUAAACUUGAAGAAAAAAAGGAAAGCAAAUUGUUGAAGUUUUUAGGGUUCAUGUGGAAUCCAUUAUCAUGGGUUAUGGAAGCUGCUGCUAUUAUGGCUAUUGCACUUGCUAACGGAGGAGGAAAACCACCAGAUUGGCAAGAUUUUGUGGGAAUUAUAACUCUGCUAAUUAUAAACUCCACAAUUAGUUUCAUUGAAGAAAACAAUGCUGGUAAUGCUGCAGCUGCUCUUAUGGCUCAGCUUUCUCCAAAAGCAAAGAUUUUAAGAGAUGGGAGAUGGAAUGAGGAAGAUGCUUCCAUAUUGGUUCCUGGGGAUAUAAUUAGUAUAAAACUUGGUGAUAUUGUUCCAGCGGAUGCUCGUUUGCUCGAAGGUGAUCCGUUAAAGAUUGACCAGUCGGCUCUAACGGGUGAGUCACUUCCUGUUACAAAAGGUCCUGGGGAUGGUGUUUAUUCUGGGUCGACUUGUAAGCAGGGUGAACUUGAGGCUGUUGUUAUAGCGACUGGGGUCCACACCUUUUUCGGAAAGGCUGCUCAUCUUGUUGAUAGCACAAACCAAGUCGGUCACUUCCAAAAAGUUUUGACUGCUAUUGGGAAUUUCUGUAUUUGUUCUAUUGCUGUUGGAAUGGUGAUUGAGAUUAUUGUAAUGUUUCCGAUUCAAGAUAGGCAGUAUAGGCCCGGAAUCGAUAAUCUUCUUGUGCUCCUUAUUGGAGGAAUCCCGAUCGCCAUGCCUACUGUUCUUUCUGUAACGAUGGCCAUCGGGUCUCAUCGAUUGGCUCAACAGGGAGCAAUUACAAAAAGAAUGACUGCAAUAGAGGAAAUGGCUGGAAUGGAUGUGCUUUGCAGUGACAAAACUGGGACUUUGACUUUGAACAAACUUACAGUUGACAAGAAUCUUAUCGAAGUGUUUGCCAAAGGAGUAGAUGCAGAUACUGUUGUUUUGAUGUCAGCACGAGCCUCAAGAACUGAAAACCAGGAUGCUAUAGAUGCUGCAAUAGUCAAUAUGCUGGCUGAUCCCAAAGAGGCACGUGCCGAUAUUCAAGAGCUGCACUUUCUGCCAUUCAAUCCUACUGAUAAGCGCACAGCAUUGACUUAUUUGGACAAUCAGGGUAAAAUGCAUAGAGUUAGCAAAGGUGCUCCUGAGCAGAUCUUGAAUCUUGCACACAACAAGUCAGAAAUAGAACGCCGAGUUCAUGCUGUCAUCGAUAAGUUUGCAGAAAGAGGGUUACGUUCACUUGCUGUAGCAUACCAGGAAGUUCCGGAGGGGAGAAAAGAGAGUCCCGGAGGGCCAUGGCAGUUCAUUGGGCUCAUGCCACUCUUUGAUCCACCACGACAUGAUAGUGCUGAGACUAUACGAAGGGCUUUGAAUCUUGGAGUAAAUGUUAAAAUGAUUACAGGGGAUCAAUUGGCAAUUGGGAAAGAAACCGGACGACGUCUUGGAAUGGGAACCAACAUGUAUCCUUCCUCUGCUUUGCUCGGUCAAAAUAAAGACGAGUCGAUUGCCGCUCUACCUAUUGAUGAAUUGAUAGAAAAAGCUGAUGGUUUUGCUGGAGUUUUUCCUGAGCACAAAUACGAAAUAGUAAAGCGUUUACAAGCCAGGAAACACAUUUGUGGAAUGACCGGAGAUGGAGUAAAUGAUGCUCCUGCCCUUAAGAAAGCUGAUAUUGGGAUUGCCGUGGCCGAUGCUACAGACGCAGCUCGUAGUGCUUCCGACAUUGUCCUUACUGAGCCCGGUCUUAGUGUCAUCAUCAGUGCCGUUUUGACCAGUCGAGCCAUCUUUCAGAGGAUGAAAAAUUACACUAUUUAUGCGGUCUCAAUCACUAUCCGUAUUGUGCUUGGUUUUAUGUUGCUUGCUUUGAUAUGGAAGUUCGAUUUCCCACCUUUCAUGGUGCUUAUCAUUGCAAUCCUUAAUGAUGGGACCAUAAUGACCAUAUCAAAGGACAGAGUGAAGCCAUCUCCUCUUCCAGAUAGCUGGAAGUUAGCCGAGAUUUUCACCACCGGAGUCGUUCUUGGUACCUACUUAGCCGUGAUGACGGUUAUAUUUUUCUGGGCUGCUUAUAAGACAGAUUUCUUUCCGCGUACAUUUGGCGUGCCGACUCUCGAGAAAACUGCUCAUGAUGACUUCCGAAAGCUAGCUUCAGCAAUAUAUCUUCAAGUCAGCACCAUUAGCCAAGCACUCAUCUUUGUGACGAGGUCGCGUAGCUGGUCGUUUGUGGAACGCCCUGGUUGGCUGCUUGUUUUUGCUUUUGGUGUUGCACAAUUGAUUGCUACAUUGAUUGCGGUAUAUGCCAAUUGGAGCUUUGCUGCAGUUGAAGGAAUUGGGUGGGGAUGGGCCGGUGUAAUCUGGCUUUACAAUAUAAUUUUCUACUUCCCACUUGAUCUUAUAAAGUUCUUUAUCCGAUAUGCUCUUAGUGGACGGGCCUGGGACCUUGUUAUUGAGAGGAGGAUUGCAUUCACUAGACAAAAGGAUUUCGGUAGAGAACAACGAGAGUUGCAAUGGGCUCAUGCACAGCGAACCCUUCAUGGUCUUGAAGUUCCCGACACCAAAAUGUUUGGUGACCGCACAAAUGUCACUGAACUCAACCAGAUGGCAGAGGAAGCCAAGCGAAGAGCUGAAAUCGCAAGAUUGAGAGAAUUGCACACGCUGAAGGGUCAUGUUGAAUCAGUGGUUAGACUCAAGGGUCUUGACAUAGAAACAAUUCAACAAGCAUACACCGUCUAAGACACGAUUCACUUUAGUUUGUGAGUUACCUUUGGAACAGCCGUUUUUCUGGCGUUACUUUUAUCUAUUUUUCCUUUUUUCGUCUUGGCUCGUUAUCCCAUUUACUUGUGAACUGGGAAAAGAGAACCUUUUAUGCCGUAAUUUGUUGUGCAUAUGAAGAAAAGCUUUUGUCUCCA